AGAAACGAAGGACCCAACAAGAUGUUUAAUCUGUUUGCCAGACGAACAGGCCGUUCCGCGUCCGGCAAGUUCGCGUCCUCUCACUGCCAGCCCACUGAAACCCGGAAGUGGACUGAUGCAGAGUACAAGGCUGCGUUCCGGAUGUUUGAUCGGGACCGGGACGGGACGAUCACAAAGUACGAGCUUCAGAAGGUCCUGGGAACUCUGGGACAGGAGACUACGGAGGAGGAAAUGGAUGAGCUCAUGGGAGAUAUAGAUGUGGACGGUGACGGUACUAUUAGUUUGGAUGAGUUUAAAACCAUGAUGGAGAGGUUGAUGGAGAGUAACGAGGAGGAUGACAGAGAGCUGCUAGAGGACACUUUCAACGAUUUCGAUGUGUCCGGAGAUGGUCUGAUAGGGGUUGAAGAUCUACUACAUGUGUACAGAAAGCUGGGUGAUGACGAGAUCACUAUAGAGGAGGUAGAGCAGAUGAUAGUAGACGCUACAGGAACUCCUAAGAGGAAGAAGGCUACUUUUGAAGAGUUUAAAGCCGUGUUGAAGGAAUAUUGAGAGAGUUUAACGCCGUGUAUUGAGACUUUUAAUUUGUGAGACAGCGUCGUACCGCAGUGGCGAAACGUUGUUGUUGGCGCCCCCCCCCCCCCCCCCCCCCCGCUGAAA